GGCAGGGAAUUCCAUGUACUCUCUUAGAUCUCAAUGGCAGAGGUUGGACCAGGAGCCAGUUUAUUCCCAAAUGGUGUUCCUUGGCUCUAUGCCCUGUUUGCUAUGCUUUUUGUAUUUUUUCUCUUUGUCAUGUUCUCUCCCUUUUUACUUGAGAUAGACCAACAUAUAAAGAAAUUCUUGCUUAGAUGCAAGUAUUCUCUGCAUGGUGCUGUGCGUAAGGAUAAAGAAGAUGAGAUAAAGAUGGACCAUCUGGGAAGGCCAGGCUGUCCUCUGGAGUCACCAAGGAGAGAAGUUCUGGGAAGGAAGGAAGAUGGGUUGGGAAGAGAUCCCUCACUACUUGUGAGGGUAGCAAGAGAGCCCAGGGGUUCUGAGGUUGAGAUCUGUGCCCUUGGACCAUCAGUUUGAGAGUGGUUGAGCCUCUAAGGAAUCACCCGUGACAUCAUAUCCCAGACACGAGAGGGCUUCUUAGACCCUCAUUAUGUAUGUUUAUACUGAAAAAAAAAAAAGAUAAUAAAUAUUUUGAGACUCUC